AUGGGAAAUACAAGUAGUGCAGUGUUGGAGAAUAUUGUACAAGGGUCAAACUUUGAUCGAGAUGAGGUUGAUAGAUUAAGAAAACGUUUUAUGAAGUUGGAUAAGGAUAAUUCCGGUACUAUUGAACGUGAGGAGUUCCUCAGUCUUCCGCAAAUCUCGUCGAAUCCUCUAGCUACCAGAAUGAUUGCCAUAUUCGAUGAAGAUGGAGGUGGAGAUGUUGAUUUUCAAGAAUUCGUCAGUGGACUCAGCGCAUUCAGCAGCAAAGGAAACAAGGAACAAAAACUUCGUUUUGCAUUCAAGGUUUAUGAUAUCGAUCGUGAUGGAUACAUAAGCAAUGGAGAAUUAUUCAUCGUUUUGAAGAUGAUGGUAGGAAGUAAUUUGAAGGAUCAACAGUUGCAACAGAUUGUUGAUAAAACAAUUAUGGAGGCAGACUUGGAUAGGGAUGGAAAGAUUAGUUUCGAAGAAUUCACAAAGAUGGUGGAGAAUACGGAUGUUUCUAUGAGCAUGACUUUAGAUCAAUUUUGA